AUGGGCAAUAUGUUCAGAGAGUAUGAUAGGUUGGUUGAGGUUGCGGCUCAUGUAGACAUCAUCAUGUUAGAAGCUGAGAAGUCUAGGUUGAAACAUAAGAGGUCAGGUUAUAUGGAAUCUUGGAGUGACACGGGAUCCUAUAAGAAGUCCAAGGGUUCUUUUUCUUCUUCCUUUCAGUCCUUACCUCAACAGACCAAGUCUUCAGGGUUUGUUUCUAUGAAGAGUUCAAAAAAUACAGGUCCUAGCCAUAUUACUUGUUUUAGAUGUGGCCAACAAGGUCACAAGGCAUCGGAGUGUAAGCAAAAUCUUAACCAUCAGCAGUUAGCUCUCUUAGAGCCAAUCCCAAUAAAGGGGUCAAUUGCCUAUACCAAAUCAUCACAAUCAUUCAUAGCAUCUGCAUUUGCAUCCAUGUUGGGCUUAAAGAUUGAACGACUAGAGUCUUCACUUAUGGUAGAGUCACCAAUUGGGGGUCAUGUUGUCUUAAAUCGGGGGUGUCGGGGAUGUGUGAUUGACGUCACUAAUCACCAACUUCCUUUCAAUCUUGUAUUAUUAGAUAUGUUGAGUUUUGACAUCAUCCUUGGUAUGGGCUGGUUGUCUUCCUAUCGUGCCACCAUAGAUUACUACCGUGGAAGAGUUGCUGUGUGUACAAUAGGUAGGGACUAUUUUUAUUCUCUAGAGGAUAGGGUCGGUGGUGGGUUGUCGCUGUUAUGUCAUCUCACCAAAUUGCCACCACACCGCAUGGUUGAGUUUUCUAUAGAUUUGUUAUUAGACAAGGGUUUCAUACGCCCUAGUACCUUGCCUUGGGGAGCACCGACUCUUUUUGCCAAGAAGGAUGGUCUAUUACGAUUAUGCAUCGACUACCGUAAGCUGAAUAGGAUCACGGUUAAAAAUAAGUAUCCGUUGCCUAGGAUAGAUGAUCUUUUCAAUCAACUUAAAGGUUCCCGAUGUUUCUUAAAGAUAGAUCUAAGAUCGGGUUAUCAUCAAUUGCGUAUGGAAGAGGAAGAUAUUCUGAAGACGGCCUUUCAUACUCGAUAUGGUCAUUAUGAAUUCCUUGUGAUGCCGUUUGGUUUGACCAAUGCCCCUACCACUUUCAUGGACUUAAUGAAUCGAGUCUUCGGAGAUUAUCUCGACAAAUUUAUGGUGGUGUUUGUGGAUGAUAUUCUUAUAUAUUCACCUUCUGAGGAAGAGCAUGAAGAGCAUCUCCGCAUUGGCUUACAACUGCUUAGGGAACACUAG